AUGGUGCUGACUGAUGAUGUCAAGCGCAGUAUUGGCCAGUUGCUCGCCAGGGCUGAGGCGGGCGACGGACUCGUGAAGGCUGGGGAGCAGGUCCUUGAGCUCUUGCGAGGCUGCAAUGUGGUGCAGCGCAUGCGCCUUCCACCAAAGGCAGUGGGCAUACACGCCUCCAACAGAGACGGGCUGGGCAUCAACGCCCUUGAUGCGCACAGUCUCAUCAACGAUGUCCUCGAGGUUGGGUUUGUGCCAUCCUUGGUUCACGCAGUAGCCACAGAGAUUGAUGGCCGCGAGCAACGGCAAUGGAACGAGGACCUCGUGUCAUCCGCAGGAGGCGCGCUUGGGGUCUUGGAGGGCGACAGCCUCCGUGCGGUCAGCCUAUGCGGCGGCCAUACCAACUUCAUGUUGAGGUGCUUCUUGGACGGCGUGCAGCAUGAAGAAGGCCCCGUCACCCUCAAUGGCAAGCUGUCCCUCGAAGCCCUGCAAAAGACUGACCCUUGCUUUCACCAGGCUGCGGUGCAGGGUGUGGAAUGGGAUUUGGUGCCGUUGCAGGUGCUGCCCAGCUCGCAGAUGUCAUUCAGCGUGCGGGCAACGCCCAGCUGA